AUUUUAAGAAUUAUACUUGGGUUUGCUUGCAUGAGGGCUUGUAAUCUUGUUUUAGAAGUCACUGAUGACCGUCUGUUUCUAAGAAAACCCUAGUUUCUGAGUGCCCAAUGGAUCCACAACCCGAACCAGUGAGCUACAUCUGUGGAGAUUGUGGGAUGGAGAACACCCUCAAGCCUGGUGAUGUUAUUCAGUGCCGAGAAUGCGGUUACCGCAUCCUCUACAAGAAGCGAACUCGCAGAAUUGUUCAAUAUGAGGCACGUUGAAGACGAGCACGGGAAAGGAUGGGAUGACACAAUUGCUUAACAUUGAGUAAAACAGUCUGUAAUUAGUAGUCCGUCUAUUAUGAAAGGUGAAAACUUGAAUUGUCUGCUCGUGGGAGGGUCAUCUUUGCUGUAUCAGUUAUGAAUAGGUGAAUGAGUGAAUCCCAGUCUUGAAGAGUCCAGGGUGUUUGUUUGUUGAGUUGAUA